GGCGACGUGAUCGUCGUUGGAUCUGGCAACCCUGCGUUCCGAUGUUUUGAUAUUCCUUAUGCACCUGCGUUUGUUUUUGUGUACAAUAAAGGGAAAUAAGCUCUUUGAUAGUACAACAUAUUUUUUUAAGAAAACUUACAACAUGGAAAAUAUUUUAAAUAAAGAUACAGAUAAUCCACACUUGAUCUCAGAGAUAAAAACCGAAGAUGAUGUGGAUAUGGAUUGUGAAGAACUACAUGAAGGGUCUAUAACAGAAUAUCAAAGCCCUUCCUCGAAGGAAUUGAGUACUGAAAUAGAAGGAAAUAUCGUGAAACAUGAGUAUUCUGAAGAUAUGAUAAAGCAGGAACCUCUGCCACAAAAACAUGAAGAUAUGCUUGACCUAGGUACAGAUAUUAUUUUACCACAAACUGCACAGAAUGCAAGCUCACAGCCUCCAAAGCAAAAGAAGGAAUCAAAAUCUAAAAAGGAAUUAGAGGAAGAAGAAAGAGAAAAAAUGCAGUCUGAGGAAGCCUUGGAAAGUAUUAAUAUGACUAUUAAAUGGGCCCAAAAAAAUAAUUCUACACUGGCUACAUUAACUUCAUUGAGACGACUCCGAGAAGAUGUAAUUGCUAAAAUCUACCAUGGGAAAAGACAAACUACUUUGGAAAAGUACCUUCAAAAUACAUAAAUUGUGUACACAUGAUACGUAUCUAUGUCCAACAAAAACCCAAUAAAUCGAGUACUGGUAUCCAACUUUACAGAGGAUCAGCUGGACAGGUAUGAAAUGUACAGAAGAUCCGCAUUUCCUAAAGCUGCUAUUAAAAGACUUAUGCAGACGAUAACUGGCUGCUCUGUAUCUCAGAAUGUAGUAAUAGCAAUGGCUGGCAUUGCAAAGGUAUUUGUAGGAGAAAUUGUAGAAGAAGGUUUAGAUGUUAUGGAAGAGUUAGGUGACAGUGGCCCUAUUCAACCAAAACAUUUGAGGGAAGCUAUUAGAAGACUGCGACGGGUGGGUGCUAUUCCUAGUGGAAGAGACCAUAGACCUCAUGUUAGGCUCUGAAGUCAUCUGUUUUUAUCUGUACAUAUAUCUUAUCAUUCUUAGAUUAAAUUUUUGUAUGAGAAAGGCAACAUAUUUAUGUUUUUGUUAAAAUCAUCAAGCUAUCCAAAGUUUCCAAGCGGAAAGGUAUUACCAACUUCUGCAGACGCCACUGUAUCAACAUAGGGUUUUUUUGACAGGUGAAACCCACAUUGGAGUAUAUUGCAAUAAAC